UUAAAAUCAAAUAACUUCUUCUAGGUACCUGUUGUUGUUGUCAGCUAUAGUGGUGGUGGUGCGGACAGAAGAUGGAGGAGAUAAUGGGGUGAUGUCUCACCCAGCCCAUACAAUAGUUCAUUUAUUUGAAUGGAGGUGGGAGGAUAUCGCUCUCGAGUGCAAGAACUUCCUCGCCCCAAUGGGAUUCUGGGGUGUUCAGGUGUCUCCGCCACAAGAACACCCAGUGUCAUCCGAUAAUUCCUGGAAGCAGCGGUACCAGCCAGUGUCCUACGACCUGGAGUCUCGUUCAGGCACUAAAGACCAGUUCGUGGACAUGGUGCGCCAGUGCAAUGAUGUUGGCGUAAGGGUGGUGGUGGAUGCAGUCAUCAACAAUAUGGCUGAACAGCACACAACAGGAUAUGGGUCCGCAGGGAACUUUUAUGACACUGACUCCUAUACCUUCCCUCCCUACGAUGAUCCAUACUUUUUCUCCAGCUCCUGUCCGUCUCCUGAUGGCAUGGUGAGCUCCUAUAGUGACCCCAGUGAAGUUCGAGACUGUCGUCUGGAAGGGCGCCUCGACCUGGCCACCGGGAAACAUCCGUUGCAGCUCAUCAUUGCUUAUUACCUCAAUGAACUUCUUUCCUAUGGAGUGGUUGGCUUCAGGAUCGAUGCAGCAUCCAACAUUUGGCCUAAGCAUCUGCAAGAAAUUCGGAAUCAACUGACCAAUUUAAGUGAGAGUGCUGGUUUUCCUGCCAACACUUUGCCUUUCAUCUACCAAGAUGUUGUUCCCCCUGGUACUGCCAUCUUGCCGCAGGAUUACUAUGACACAGGUCUGGUAACAGAGAACCUUUAUGGAGAACAAGUAUCAAAGGGAAUAAAUGACUUCAGUUUACUGGAAAAUAUAUAUGAUCCUCUGCUCGGAAUGGCACCCCCAAACAGAGCGCUGGUGUUCAUUGACAGUCAUCUUAGCCAACGGAGUAAUACCUCAGCUCCAGAAGUGUUGACUCAUGAAAUGAGACGUGAAUACCAGAUGGCUGCUGCGUUCAUGCUGGCAGACAACUAUGGUGUAGUGCGGCUCAUGAGCAGCUACAGCUUCUCUGACUCCAUUGAGGGACCCCCCAUGGACUCCGUUACAAACAUGACUCUACCAGUGAUAACUUCCCCUGAUAUGGAGUGUGAUGGAGGAUGGGUGUGUGAGCAUCGCUGGUCCCCCAUUGCUAAUAUGGUGGAGGCUGAGUUCCAUCGAAGGAUCACGGAGGUACAGGCUGAAUUUCGUGAGAGGAUCUCAGACCUGCAGGCUGAGUUCUGUGAGAGGAUAUCUCAACAGCUGAGGAAGGGACGUGCCUCGCCAUCACCUUACCUAGCGCCUCGCCUGGAGGCCCGCCACGUGGAGACGAGGAAUCCCAUCUAUGCUGGAGGGAGUGACGGAGGAGGUGGACGUGGCGGGAAGAGACAAGGAGAAGAAGGAGGGGGCAGACAUAGUCACCGUGCCCCAAGGAGUGAGGAGCUGUUCAAGAAGUAUAGGCAGGUUUUGGGUAAGAUUUGGGAGAAGGGAGGGAUCCCUGUGAUAUGUGGUGUCAUGCCAAUGAGGGGAGUUGGUGCUGAGUCCAGGACUGUUACAGUGAAUCGCAGACUCGUGAAUCAUUGUAAGAGUAAUGGAUGGACAUUCCUCGAGAACUGGGACCUCCUCUGUGGUAGGGAUACUUUGUAUGCCAGGGAUGGAGUGCAUUUAUCACGCCAGGGUGUUCGGGAAGAUUCGAACGGGAGGUAA